AUGGACGGCUUGAACAUUUCCAACUUUGAUUACCCCUUGAAGGGUGAGACGGCGAAAUUUGAAUAUAAACUAGUCAACCAGAAUGGGAAAUUGUCCGACGUAGCUUUGCAUCGAAAAUACCAAAAGUUGACGCUAUUGGAGCUGAAAAACCCCGCCGACAAUCUUGAAGUACGCGAUUAUGAGACACUGCAGCAGCAGCAGCAGCCACUCACCAUCCAGGAGGUACAGGAGAACCGACGAAAACGCAAUGCCGGAGAGGAUUGCGGCGACGACUUGGAGAGUUUUGUUUCUUGUGACGAAACGGCUUCUUCUGAUGCCGAGUCGUACACCCAGUCGUUAUCGCACCGCACCAAUAGUUUGGGCCAUCCGCCAACCAAGAAGAGACUCACUUCGAAUGAUCCGCUCUCUUCUGCAAGCCGAAGUGGUCCCUUGCAACCGGCGUCAGCUGUAGCUAACGCCGUGCCUUCUAACAACGCUGCUGGGCAAGGCGGGGUCGGCGGCCACUACCACAUGCAACAAAACGUCGUCCACUCGGGUGCUGUUGUCCAUUCAAGCAGUGUCAACCGCGACCAUGGCCACCGUCCUCGAACUCCAAACCAAAUCAAUUCGCCAAACCACAUCCCUAUAUCUGAUGUAGAGGAAGAGCAAACCCAACAGCCUCCGUUGCCCUCGCCAAGUGCGUCCCCGACCCAGCUGGACACAGAAGCUGAACAAGGAUUAGGCUCAAACAGCCCUCGUUCCACCUCGGGGAAAUACAACAUGGCACUAAUUGAGAGCCACAUGUCCAAAGUCCCUACCACCCAGGCCGAAUUGGUCAAUGUUAUCACCAACUUGACCCAGUUUCUCGCCGAGGAGAAUCAAAACCACUUGUUGUUCAAGCUACUUCAGAGAACUAGUCGCUCGUCCUUGAGCACUUUCAACGGAUUGAUCCACAACUCUUUGAAAAGAGACUUGAUUGGCAAUUUGCCAUUUGAAGUCGCCAUGAAGGUGUUGUCUUAUCUUGACUAUCAAACACUUGUCUUGCUUGGAAGAGUGUGCAAAAAAUGGUUCCAGAUUAUCAACAAUACUCAGUUGUGGGUCCAGUUGAUCAAGAAGGAUAAAUUAAUCACAGAUGAUGCUACGAUCAAAGCCGAGCUUGGUCAAUGUGACUCGUUGCUACACCACUGGUGCACCAUGCCCAAUGAUAUCAACCCCGCGCAAGUGUUGUACAAAAAGCGCAAGUCAAUAGUCAAUAGAUGGCUAGACCCGACAUACAAGCCAAAAAGAAUCAGCGUCAAGGGCCACGGCAAUAAAGUAGUAACGUGUUUGCAGCACGACGAGGAAAAAAUCGUUACUGGUGUUGACGACAAAUGUAUCCUAAUAUACAGCACCAAGACGGGCCAGUUGAUGAAGGUAUUGGAGGGCCACGAAGGUGGUGUUUGGGCGCUCAAAUAUAGCGGAAACACGCUCGUUACCGGAUCCACUGACCGAACCGUGAGAGUCUGGAACAUGAACACCGGCAGGUGCACCCACAUUUUCCGUGGCCACACCUCGACAAUCAGAUGUCUCGACAUCAUCAACCCCACCGUUAUCGGCAAAGACGCCAGCGGCGAAGACAUUGUCUACCCCGAGUACCCUUUGCUCGUUACCGGUUCCAGAGACCAUAACAUACACGUUUGGAAAUUGCCCAUCUUGGGCGACCAGGACUGCGAAACACCCGUUUUCGAUGGCGGGGAGAUUGAUAAUCCUUAUUUGAUCACCAUAUUAUCCGGUCAUACCCAGUCUGUGCGCUCAAUAUCGGGCCAUGGCAACAUUAUAAUCUCCGGUUCCUAUGAUUCCACGGUGCGGGUGUGGGAUCUUUUGGAUAACGGCGAGUGCAAGCACGUGUUGCAGGGACACAACGACCGGGUGUACUCAACCGCGAUGGACUUUGACAAGAAGAUCUGCUUUUCCGGCUCGAUGGACUCGACGAUAAACUUGUGGAACUUUGAGACUGGCGAGUUGCUCCGGCUCUUGCAAGGUCACGGAUCGCUCGUGGGGCUCUUGGCGUUGGUGGACGGCGUAUUGGUGUCGGCUGCAGCUGACGCGUCCUUGCGCAUAUGGGACCCUUCGAACGGCGACUUGAAGAGCGAGUUGAAGGGCCACUCGGCCGCAAUCACCUGCUUUGAGCACGACGGAUUGAAGGUCGUGAGCGGCAGCGAAAAGAUGUUGAAGUUGUGGGAUGUCGAAAGAGGCGUCUUUGCUAGAGACUUGUUGAGUGACGUGACUGGCGGCAUAUGGCAAGUUCGCAUGGACUACAAGCGAUGUGUUGCCGCUGUUCAAAGAUUUGGUAAUGUCGAAGAGGGAGAGACUUUUAUUGAAAUUUUGGAUUUCAGCGAGCCACCAGAACUCAAUAACCAGUGA